UUCGAUUACGUCACGUUCCUUCCCGUCUCCGCUGCCUCCGUGUGUUCCUGUCUCUCGCAUCCCGCUUCCGGCUGCUUUGGUGAUGGCGGAUGAAAGCGGCGACUGCCAGCGGCUCCCCCCGGAACUGGAUGAGGAGGCCGCGGGAACUGACAGUGACACAGAAGGAGAGGAUAUCUUUACCGGAGCUCAUUCAGAGGUGACUGCUCCAAAGACAAAGAAAGAGACUGUACCAGACCAGCCUUCACGAGAGAAUGGCCUCUUUCUGGAAGACGAUGACCAAGAUUUGUUUGCUGAAUCCACUGUCAAGCUGUCAGUGGAUAAUUCUCAUAACAUGCAAACAGAGGAGCCUCCAAAAGUGUCACUAACCACCUCCAUGCUUAUUGAAGCAGCUAGUGCCUCUGCCAAGCCCAAGCAAAAAAGCUAUGAAGAGUUGGAAGAGGAAGAGGAAGAGCAAGAGCAAGAGGACCAGUUUGAUGUGAAGAUCAGUGUCACAGACCCUGAGAAAAUUGGUGAUGGUAUGAAUGCAUACGUAGUGUACCGAGUUACAACUCAGACCAAUUUACUAAUGUUUAAGAGCAAGCACUUCACUGUGAAGAGACGGUUCAGUGACUUCCUGGGCCUAUAUGAGAAACUCUCAGAAAAGCACUCACAGAAUGGGUUUAUUAUAGCACCACCUCCAGAGAAGAGCCUUAUCGGUAUGACCAAAGUAAAGGUGGGUAAAGAGGAUUCCUCUUCAGCAGAGUUUCUGGAGAGGAGAAGAGCAGCUUUAGAAAGGUACCUCCAAAGAAUAGUAAGUCAUCCUACGCUCCUUCAGGACCCUGAUGUGAGGGAUUUUCUGGAAAAGGAUGAGCUUCCACGUGCAGUCAGCACCCAAGCUCUAAGUGGAGCAGGACUUCUCAAGAUGUUCAACAGAGCCACCGAUGCAGUCAAUAAAAUGACUAUUAAAAUGAAUGAAUCAGAUGCUUGGUUUGAGGACAAAUUCCAGGAGGUGGAAUGUGAAGAACAACAUCUUCGAAAGCUGCACACAGUUGUGGAAACUUUAGUGAAUCAUAGAAAAGAACUAGCUCUGAACACUGCCCUAUUUGCUAAGAGUCUUGCCAUGCUGGGGAGCUCAGAGGAUAACACAGCCCUUUCCCGGGCUUUGUCCCAACUAGCUGAGGUGGAGGAGAAGAUAGAGCAACUACAUCAGGAGCAGGCCAACAGUGAUUUCUUCCUGCUUGCGGAGCUCUUGGCUGAUUACAUCCGUAUGCUUUCUGCGGUCAGGGGGGUAUUCGAUCAGCGAAUGAAAACCUGGCAGCGAUGGCAGGAUGCUCAGGCCAUAUUACAAAAAAAGAGAGAAAAUGAAGCUAGAUUGCUGUGGGCAAACAAGCCAGACAAACUGCAACAAGCAAAGGAUGAGAUUACAGAGUGGGAGUCCCGGGUCACACAGUAUGAAAGGGAUUUUGAGAGGAUUUCUGUUACAGUACGAAAGGAGGUCACACGGUUUGAGAAAGAAAAGUCCAAGGAUUUUAAGAGUCACAUAGUUAAAUAUCUGGAGACACUCUUGAAUUCACAGCACAAACUGGUUAAAUACUGGGAGGCGUUUUUACCUGAAGCAAAAGUUAUAUCGUAACUGGUGUGGAUAGAAGAACAGCCCUAAUGGUUCUAUUCCUCUUCUGCGAUUUUUAUAUUCAUAUUAAAAAAUAUACCUUCUGCCUUUUAGAGAACAGUGAUGCACACUUCCAAACAGUAAAAACCUUGUUCAACCUCUUUAGCGCUAAACAAUAUUUCCUGUGGGUUGCUUGUAUUUCAGCCCCCCAGAGUCUUAAUCAUGGUUGUCCCUCUGUAUAUUCUCCUGUAACCAGACCAAGUUUUAAAGCUUAAAGUGAAAAUACCCCAAAAAUAAGGUUGUUCUAAGGGGUCAGUUUAGUAUGCCAUAUAACAAAUUGCACUUUUAAAAAUCUGGUUUUACGAGGGUUGGUUGCACCGCUUCACAGACCAUUUUUUUUUUUGUUUGUUAUUUGAUGGGGACUAUCUCUGUUUGUUUCGUGGACUAAGUACACGAAAGUCGCUGGCCACAGAACUCCUGGAGAUAUUGCACACCACAAGAACUGUGUCUGAGUGCUUAACAUAGGAAAUGCAGUAGUGUGACAGCAUUGUGAAUGAGACCCAUGCUGUGCUAGUAAAUCAGAAAAACGCUGUUACCUGUUACUGUUUACAAAUGCCUUUAAACAGCAUUUUCUCUUCAUUAUUUUGUUCUAUGCAAAGUGGCCAAAAAAUCCUCAAAAAUAUAAAUUUAUAUUUUAGCUGACCUUGGUAGAUUUAGCACCCACAAUGACAUUAAGGGAUAAAAUAAACUUUGUCUUUUGCAUGUAGAGGUAAUCAUGUGGCACUCAAACUGUUGAACUACAACUCCUAAAACCCCUGGUUAGUGGAUUCAGUAACAGCUGGAGCUCCACAUAUUUCCUGUCCGUGUUGUAUUGUAUAAUGUGAGCUCACCAAUUUGUACCAUUUGCCCUUUGGUAUUUUAGUAAUGUUGGCAGUCCUAUCUAGUUGCAAAAAAAAAGCUGUGAAUACUUAGGAAGCUGGACUGAAGAUGGCUAAAACCCUGUGCCUUAUUUUCAGGAUUUUGCUUAUGUAAAGUGUAAGAAGUCAUUUGUGCAUGUCAAAAAGAACUGGAGCAGUAUUGGUGUUCUGCUGCGGUAGAAUAUUGAGAGUGGGACUGUUUAGAUUCCCAGUUUAUAUGAAUACAACUGUGUUUCAUGUAACAGUUGUAAACAAGCACACAAUCCAUAUGUCUGUGUGAAGCUAAUAGAAUGGCCUUUCCAUGGCCAUUUAAUGCUACUAUAUAAAGCAACAUUCACUGGCAAAAAGUGUUCUGAUUCCAGUUUUUUCUGUUGCCCUGUUCUCUACAAGUGACUCUAUCAAGUAUAGUGAAAUAAUUUCCCUUAGGGCUGGGGCAUAGGGAGUAUAUUCUCUGCCAGCAUUUACAGCCAGUGAAGAAGCACCCACGUCUGCCUCAUAUUUCAGCACUGGCAUGUGUUUCCUAUUCAUAUAAAUGGGGCAUGGACUCAGGUGCUCCUCCAUUGGCUGGAAAAACUGGCGAAGUAUAUGGACAUGUGCCACCAGACAUAAGGGUAGUUUAAGGCUGAGAUCAUUCUUAGGGUAUGUUGGCUUUUAAUGACAUUGUCCUCUGCAGACCUGUAUAAGCAGCACGAUUUAAGCUUCAAGGGACUGUGUUUUUGCCUUUGCUAUUUUUUUGUUUGUUUGUUUUUGUUUUUCACCUUUGCAUUUCAAGACACGCAUUUUUCUGUUAAUUUUUCCUUUGUAUCAGUUUGUUUAACUUUCAUGUAUAUUUUCUUAUAAAAGCUAUAAAUUGUCAAUGUAGGGUUUUCAGCAAGAAUAAAAAGAAGAAAUAAAAAUAUAUAUUUCAUCUAGUUAACUUUGGUUUUUAGGGAGGGGUUUAUUAAUAUAAAUAUCUAUAUUGUAUAUUUUUGGGCUGUGACAGACACAGAAUGGAGUAUUUCUAUUCCAAUAAAACCUUCAAUAAAAUGG